UUGCGGCGGAAGCGGAAAUGGGCUAUAGCGUGGUAAUGACGUCACGACGUCUCCGGAGUCUAAUGGCUGAACAACAAAAGCUGUCGGCAAGCGAGAAACUUUCACAAACUUCUGUAGAGACAAAAGGAAGUUCGAAUUUUUUUGUUUCAGUUGUAUAACAGUUUAGGCGUGGUGGUUUUGUGCAGUCACAAAUGUGGAAUUGAUAAUGGAUCCGAGAUAUGACAUACCGCGGAGGGCCGCAGGUGGUGGCGGGGGCUCCGCGAACUGUUCCCCCGCUCUGGGGGCUCAGUCGCGCCGCAGGAAGAUGCCUCCCAGACCCGCUGAUUUUAAACUUCAAAUUAUCAUUAUUGGCUCUCGUGGUGUUGGCAAAACCAGCCUCAUGGAGAGAUAUACAGACGAUACUUUCUGCGAAGCUUGCAAGUCCACAGUAGGAGUUGACUUCAAAAUAAAAACAGUUGAGCUGAGAGGGAAGAAGAUCAGACUACAGAUAUGGGACACUGCUGGCCAGGAGAGGUUCAACAGCAUCACAUCAGCCUACUACAGAGGUGCCAAGGGAAUAGUGAUAGUGUACGAUAUCACGAAGCAGGAGACCUUUGAUGAUCUUCCCAAAUGGAUGAAGAUGAUAGAUAAGUACGCCUCAGAGGAAGCAGAGCUUCUCCUGGUUGGGAACAAGCUGGACUGUGAGAGUGAUCGUGUCAUCUCCAGACAGCAGGGAGAGAGGUUUUCCUCCCGAAUAAGUGGAAUGCGCUUCUGCGAAGCUAGUGCCAAGGAUAAUUUUAAUGUGGAUGAGAUCUUCCUGAAGCUGGUGGAUGACAUUCUCUGCAAGAUUCCUCUGGAAGUUCCCAACAAGGAGCUAUCGAACAGCGUCCUGUCUCUGCAGCCUGAACCAGAAGUGCCUCCAGAGUUGUCCCCUCCCCUCAUGCGCUGUUGCUGAGAGUCACAGUAGUCCCCCUGCAUAUAUUCGCAGCACACACACUCAGCUCAGAGUAGCAAUCUGGUCACCAGGGGGCAGCACACAGCAGCACAUUGGAAUUAUUGACUGCUGCUAAUAAGAUGCAUGGACUCUCCUAAACAAGUAUUAUUCCUUCUCCUGUUCGGUAACUGUACAGUAUGACAUGUACCACACUAACACUUGGUGAGUCACCCACUUCCUACCACCUUUCUGUCUACACUUGACCCAGACUACCUCAUUCCUCGGACUGUUAGACUAGCUGUGUCCCACAUGUGCCUUCGAGGUAGCAAACCCUCUGAUAGCAGCUGCACGUUUUCUAAGGAGGGGGACUAUUGAGGGCUUACAACUUUUUCUUUAGAAAAUUCUUCACGCAUACCGUACACUAAGUUUGACAUUCUGAGUUGCCUGACAGUCUAACUCAGCAUUUUCUGCUCACAGAGAUGGAAUAAUAUCUCGCGUCUUUUCAGCUUCAUUUGAAUUCUGGGUCUAAGUUCAGUAGUUUUAUAUUCUUAUUGAUGGAUAUUAUUAUCAAGAAAUGAGUUGAGCUAAACAAAAGCAUGACUUCAUUUCAGUUUGUAUUCCUUUCCCUUAAAGUAUUAAAUUGGCUGGAAAGGCUUGUUUCAUGUUUGAGUAAAUUGUUUUGCACUUCAGUUCAUCUUUAACCUAGUUAGACAUGUGGAAAAUGAAAAGCACACAACUUGUAGUUUAGCACUACUGAAGAUAAUUGGCUGCCCUGAACUCUCUAACACUUUGUCUGGGAUGGAGGUGAAAGGAGAGGUGGGUAAUGUAGUUUUUGAGGGACUGGUGUUUUCACAAGGGCAAUGUCCAUGUGUUAGCGUGUUUUCAGAAGGAGCAGAGACCUUAAGAAGUAGGACAAACACACACAGUGUUAGCCGUUGCUUUAUUACUAAUAUUUCUAAGUGUUUAGUUGUGAUGUUUUUCCUCUGAAUUCAGACACAGCUUAGAGAACCUCCCUUUGUUGGGGGCCCGGGGGUAUAGGAAGGUGUAGUAUUUUGUUCGUCUUGUCAGGCUUUUGUUGCAGACUUGCUUCGUAACAAAUUAAUAAAGAUAUAUCUACGUAAAAAUCCUUGAAGGGGAUGUUUGUGUUUUAUAGAGCGGGUCAGCAGUUUCAAAUUUCUGAUUUGGUAGUUUUUUAUGAACCAGUAUGGGGAUAGCCCAUUACUUGCACUUGCAC